GUGUGUAAGUUUCUAAACCCGGAGCUCUAUUUUGGAGACCGAGUUAGUAACUACUGCGGCUAUGGCGAUUCGUUCUUCUUCUUCUUCUUCUCUGUUGUCGAAUCUCAGAAAAUACCAAUCAAAAACCCCAUCCUUUCUCUCUUUUUCCAGAGCACCAUUCUCUUCAUCAUCAUCAGGAUCUAUAUCACCAAUAACCAAUCAUAUGGAAGAAGAAUCAGAGAAUCAGGAAAAUGAUGAUAAUCUCAAAACCAGAUUAUUCAAACUCAGAUUCCCUAAACGAAGUGCAACUACUGCUAUUCAAAAUUGGAUUAACGAAGGAAAUCAAGUCACACUUCCAGAAUUACGUCAACUCGCUAAGGAUCUCAACAAAUCUCAUCGAUUCAAACAUGCACUUGAGAUAUCGGAAUGGAUAGUUACUCAUAAAGAAUUUGAGUUAUCGGACACUGAUUACGCGACGAGGAUUAAUUUGAUGACGAAAGUGUUUGGAGUUGAUUCGGCUGAACGGUACUUUGAAGGGCUGCCUCAGGCUGCGAAAACUGGUGAGACUUAUACUGCAUUGCUGCAUUCUUAUGCUAGUGCGAAAUUGACUGACCGAGCCGAGAGUUUUUUUGAGAAGAUUCAGAGGGAGAAUGUUUGUGUGAGUGCACUUGCGUAUAAUGAGAUGAUGACACUUUAUGUAUCGGUAGGGCAAUUAGAGAAGGUUAGUUUGGUUAUUGAGGAGAUGAAGAGGCAGAAUGUUUCGCGUGAUCUUUAUAGUUAUAAUCUGUGGAUUAGUUCUUGUGCUGGUUGUAUGGAUAUUGAUAGUGUUAGGAGGAUUCUUGAUGAAAUGAGUUGUGAUUGUAACUCGAAAGAAGGGUGGGUACCGUAUAGGCAACUUACGGAGAUAUAUAUCAUUGUUAGUAAUCUUGUGAAUUCGGUGGAUGAGAAUUCAUUAGUUGAGGCUGAAAGAAAGAUAAGUCAAAGAGAAUGGAUAACAUAUGAUUUCCUGAUUAUACUUUAUACUGGUUUGAGAUACAAAGAGAGAAUUGAUGCGAUAUGGAAGUCGUUGAAAAUGACGGCUCAGAAAAUGACAAGCAGAAACUAUAUGUGUGUUCUUUCUUCGUAUGUGAUGCUUGGGGAGUUUGAAGAAGCUGGUGGAGUACUUGACGAGUGGAAGGAAUCUAAGUCUGUGGAUUUUGAUACGAAGCAAUGUAGGAAGCUUGUGGAUGCAUUUGCAGGGGUUGGUUUAGUGGAGAAAGCCGAGUUACUUCGUACCCUUAUGAUACGGAAAGAUUGCAACCCUGUAGAGGAGUCAGACUGAAGGUUAUAUUUGAUUCAAGUGUUGAGGACUGGAUUUCUUACAAGCGGUUUUAUGUCAUUUCAGUUAGACAAAAUGAAAAGUAGUUGUUACUGUGGGUUCAGUUGCCAUGGAACUAAUAGGGUUUGGCAUUAUUAACUUUUCAAUUCCUGUGCACCUUUACUUUCCUUGUUCAUGGAACUAGUAGAAAAUGAAAUCACAAAAUGAACUUAGUAUUGCA